AGAUAUGUCGAUCCGGUGCAAAAGAUAAAUAUCAGAUCCUAGUGAUAUCGACGGUCAAGUAUGGAAUUCGUUACGUAAAACUCAAAGCUGAAGGUGGACUUCAAUAGUUGGCUACAGUAUCUACAAUCUGAAUAGAAAAUAGUGCUAGAUCGGGUUAUUGCUAUGCAGGUGGACUUUUUACGGCAAAAUAUCGUCGUGAAAGGUCUACAUAUGAGAUAUCUUUCACUAUGGUAUUGAUACUUGCAAAUGCACUUGCGUACCACGAUCCAGAUCUGAAUUACCAUCUUAGUCAAGUGCAAAAAGUUUCCAAUUGUGCUGAUUCGGGUUACUCAUACCCUGCGCCUGGUAUCCAACUUACUCAUUCUGGAAUCAACGUGGCUCCGGCUCCAGCUGUAGUUUCACAGCCAACCGCCUCUAUCAAGUACACUCCGGCCAUUCAGUAUGCCGCACAACCAACUUACCAAACGGUUGAAUCAAACUACAUUACUGCACCGGUGUAUACAAAAGAACUGCAUGGUUACGCAACAUCCGCUGGCCUGUCUUCAAGUGCGUCAACUACUAAAACAGUGACACCCCUAGCAACAUACGCUCAAGCACCCAUAAUUGCAAAGAUUACCGCAGCACCCCUCAUUGCUAAGUUCUCUGUGGCGCCAGCUAGAACCACUUACUAUUCACAAAACAACGUACAACAGGCAUCAUACGCAUCUGGAUCUUCAGCGAAGGCAUCUCUAUACAGCAACACUGUUCAUCAAGGACCUGUAGUAUCGCAAGUGUUUGCUGCACCGACAGUUAGAUACGCUGCAUCACCAGCGCUAAAAGCACAGCAAAACGCACAAGUUGAUUCUACGCAAUACUCUACUGGUGUUCAAUAUAACCAAGUCCAAAACUUACCCGCCCUACAGAUUCCACCAGGAAUUCAAUAUGCCGCGCCAAGUGUUUCUCAAGUGCCUGUCCCUAGAAUUACACAAUAUUUUACGCCUACGCAAUAUUCCUCGGGAGCAAGCUACAUCGCUUCGACUGCAGCACAGUACCUACCAACGGUAAAGCACGCUGGAGCAGCUCUGAAUCAAGUUGUAGUGCCAAUUUCUAAUGGCUAUUCAAAAGGACUUAGCUCAGCGCCAGCCUACUCGUCUGCUUCUUUCACUCGGCACUCGAGUCCCGCGGUAGCGGCAUACUCAAGACCAGCCAUUGCUCCGGUCUCGACUCACUACUCUACUCCAGUCAUAUCUCACUACUCUACUCCGGGUGUUGCGCAAGUUCCAGAAUAUCUUGGAGCAAGAUCAAACUAUGCAUCUACUCCAUCGUUAACAAUCGGAGGUCAUAUUUCAUCAGCUAAUUCUGUGAAAAACGUUCACACAGAAUUCUUAGAAAACUAUGACGCACAUCCGAGAUACGCCUUUGAAUACGGUGUCAAUGACCCGCACACCGGAGACAUUAAGCAACAAAAGGAAGAACGAGAUGGGGAAGUUGUAAAAGGUCAGUAUUCCUUAGUGGAGCCCGACGGCUCUGUGAGGACAGUGGACUACGUAGCCGACUGGGAGACCGGUUUCCACGCUGAUGUGCGCAACAGCAAAGACAAUCAACACUAAAGGCACACAAAACCACUGCAGGCCUUACGAUACCAGUCGCCUUAUUUAGACAGACCGCCUAUAGAGCUAGACCUAAUUUCUUAAAUCUUAGCGCCUACGGAUUUAUUUAGAACGUACAUAAUUAAAAUUACUUGAACGCUUAAUUGGGGCCAGGCGGAAACGUGACUACGCAGCAAAGAAGCAAAUAACCACAUUGUGAGUUAAUUUAAUUAGAAAAUUACUUUAAGUACAUAAUGAUUAAAGGCUAUUAGUAAGUUUUAAAAACGAAUUUAAAAUUGCAUUUGGGAAGUUGCACAUCGUGUGCAAAUACUUCUACUGGAAACUGGUAACCUGUACAUUCUAUUUGCCUAAUUAUAUUAAUUUUAUUUAACAAAACAUGAAUAUCAUAUACCUAUUUAAAUGUAAUAAUCUUUACGUUGAGAAGUCGUAUUUAAACGAUAUCGUUGAGUCAUUUUGAGCAGACAAUGCUUGACACUUCUUGCCACAGGCCGUUAGCGUUAGCACACAAGGCUUUUGGAUGAUUCCCUUUCACUUUUGAAGUAUACCUACCUACAGUUUUAUUUUUUUUGUUUUUUAAAUACAUACGAUAACACCAUAAAAGGGGAAUUCGCUCGUGAAUCAAACACGUUAAAAAAAUUAUGCAAUGAAACCGUCAGUCAUCAUCAUCAAGCCUAUGAAUCCAUCUACUUCUGGACAUAUGCUUCCUUAUUUCUCUACCUAAUCCUUGGUAGUCUCAAGGAGCUAUUUCAGCUGCGCACGAUUUGGUAGGUAAGCUCAUAUGGCGUAACCUGCGAGAGUUGACCUGACUAGCCCUAAUAAGAGCAGUGCCCAUGAGAUGGUGAGUGGUUACCGACGCCCGUCGACUUCAGCAAUGCCAGUGGCAGAGCCAAGCCGCUGCCUAUCGAAAUAUCGUAUCGGAAACGCGGCUCACUGAGAAGAUCCGUCGAGAAACUCAGUAUCAAACUGAUACUGACCACUGAGUUUCUCGCCGGAUCUUCGCAGUGGGUCGCGUUCCGAUCCGGUGGUAGAUUUUGCGAAGCACUGCUCUUGCUAGGGUCAGUGUUGGCAUCACUCCGGUUUGAGCCCCGUGAGUUCACCUACUAGUUAAGGUUACGCUGAAAUAGCCUCUCAAGACUAUCAGCUUAAGUAGGAAAAAAAUGGCUUCCCCAAGAUUCGCCAUAAUAACCGGUCCUGCGCUAAACGCAUCUAGCGAAUUCUGGCGACUUUCAUUACAUCGUCGGUCCACCUUGAGGGAUACCUACUCAAACUGUAACUUCCAACGCGGGGUAGUCGCUCAAGAAAAUUUUGGCCCCAGUUGCCUUAUGUUCUACGAUCAAACUCGAUGUACACGGCCUCCUCUAAAAUAUUUGAUAAAUUAUUCCAGAAGUUAUAUACCUAUUUAUAAGCAAAAAAAUUACAAUUAGAACAUAAUAUAAGUCAUAAUGUAUCAUUUCAAUGAAAGGAAUGUUAAUGUGUAAAUAUUUUGUAAACAUUAAAACCCAUUUGAUAUUGUA